AUGCUUGCCACUGGACAGGCAAAGAUGAACGCUGUCAAACCAAAGUUCAAAGAAAAGUUUGCCGAACAAAGUGAAAGCCUUUUUAGGGAAAGAUUUGACACAUCUGAAUUCUUUUGGGACAAUUACCUUAUUCUACCCAUCAACACACAAUGUAUUGCUCAUCUCUUUUCGAAAACAUCAGAGGAAAGUUUGCUUGCUUUGAAACAUAACUUUAGUGCUCUUUUCUUAGCGUGCCUGGAAAAACUUGAACUUGUUGUCGUUGAGACUGUCAGUGAAAAGACGCGACAGCAGCAUGCUAUCUUGCUACUUAAGCUUGUAUUUCGUCAUCUGUUUCUAAAGAAAAGACUUUCUCACUUCAAUAUCAUUUUCAUCAUGACUGGAUUUGAUGAAGCAGAUGCUAUGUUUACAAGAUUGAUGAAAGCAAUUCAGCGUCUGAUUGAACAGCCCUCGACUCGAUCAAAUGCACUUCAAUUGGCCCUUGUGUUAUCUGCUGGUAGUGAUAAUGUUAACCAGAAUGGUCUCAAUGGCUAUUUCAUCUCAAACGAUAUGUCUGUUAGCUUGUUUAAUACUUUGGCAGAACUCGAAGAGAUUCAACAAGAAAAUGAUACUAGAGAUAUUAUGAUGUUAAUUGGUAUGCUUUCCAACUACAACAAGUAUGAAGCAAGAAAUCCUUAUUUACUGUACCUGAAACAGAUCAAGCAGAAGAAAGCAUUAGAGAAUAUCAUUCAGAUGUACACCUCAACACUCUUGAGCCUACAGAGUCGUUAUAUAGAACUGUAUGAUGAUGAAGAAGCAUUGUCAAAGACAUUAGUGACUUAUAUGUCAAGAUGGUUUUCAGCUUCAACACCUGCUGCUCCUUCUGAAGCUGAUAAUCUACAAUCAUUAACUCAUUUACCCUCUGCUCAAACAGCCUUGUUAUUACCUUUAUUUGAUUUGAUACAUACCAACAUUCAUUUUGUACAUACUCUGAUUCGUGUCUGUAUUGAAGAAGACAAGGAAAAGAAAACGAAUUGCUUGAAUGCUCUUUUAUCCUUUGCUUCGUAUCUGUUUGAAAAUAACCGUACAGAACGAACCCAGAUUUAUGCUCGAUUGUUAUUAACGCUCUUACUCAGACUGAUGGAAGAGAAUGCUGUACUCAACUAUAUGGCCAAGACUGAAUCAUGGGCCACUGUGCGUCUUUGUCGACAAAGAUCGCCUACUUUACCAUUGAUGAAAUCACCUCGGUCUUUGUUUUGUGCUGUCCUGGACACCAUGUUACUUUUUGUUAGACAUAAUAUUCGAAACAAGCUCGACUUGACUUGUUACAAACUUGCUUUUUCAGUCAUUCAUCGUGUAUUGAGUUUCUUAAACAAGCACAAGAUGCGAUUAGAAUAUCAUUGGACAGAACUUUGGUCAACAUGGACAUCUAUUUUACAUUUUACAGCACUUAAACUAGAUUAUUUUGUUCCUCGAGAUGAAUUCGGUGCUUACUUGGCCUCUCUCAUGCGUGUCUUUAAUAUGUGUGUCACUCAUGGAGAAACAUUUUUAACAGAUACAAAAAGCUAUGAUAGUCUUUAUUAUGAAAUCGUUCGAGCAGCCUCUGAUUUUAUCAGAUUAUCAGACCAUGUUCAACAAGCAAGAGCCAUUCCUAAACAUGAAAGAACAGCACUAUCUAUCACAUACCAUGAAUUUCAUAAUAUCAAAUUGAUCUGCAAUCAUUUUCAGCCUGCUCUAGAUGAAUGGCAAGCCAUGAAAGGUGUCAAAUUCCCUACACCAGAACAAGUGAUGGCUUUAAUUCAUGAAAACUAUGGUACAUUAGAACUUAAACCCAUGGACAAGCUAGAUUUUUACUUGGCGUACAAUGAAAUACCUGGAGACAUGGGCUUCUUUAGACAAAUAUUGCGUGUGAUUGUAACAGAUUAUAUGGAAUAUCAUAAUGAAUAA